UAUCCCGGAAAAAUAGCUUCUUGCUUCUUGUUCACUAAAAUGGCUUCCCAAAUUUGCCUUCUUCCACACUACAACCAUUGCCAUCGUUCCUCUCCAAAGUUCCCUUCUUCCAUACCCAAAGCUCUCGAACACCACUUUAAUGGAAGCAACAAAAUUCCCAGUAAAGAUACCUUGCCAUCUCCACUUACCCUCACCAAGAGAAGCCUUAAUUCCUCAGCUUUAUCCCUCGUCUUCAUUGGGUUUUCGCCUCGCAAUGCCAAAGCUCUGCCUGCAAAAGAUCUGGAGCUCGAAAGAUACGUAGAUUAUGAACAGGGUUUCACUCUGCUUAGGCCUUCUUCUUGGAUCAAGGUUGAGAAAGCAGGGGCGACUGUUUUGUUUGAGGAAGCGAAUGUGGGAGGUAACAAUGUCGGGGUUGUUGUGAACCCGGUUCGUUUAAACCGCCUUGGAGAAUUUGGCACUCCUCAAUUUGUGGCUGAUAAGCUUAUACAGGCUGAAAAACGCAAGGAAAGCACAAAGGAUGCCGAGGUAAUCGGAGUUGCCGAGAGACCGGGUCGAGGAGGCUUACAAGUGUACGAGUUCGAGUACAAAGUGGAUAGCACCAGGGGAGGAAUGAAGAGGAUCCUUUCGGCAGCUUUCGUGGCGUCUAAGAAGCUCUACCUCCUUAACAUUGCUCAUUCAGACAAACCCGAAAGCCCUCUUGAUGCCCAUACAAGAGCAGUGUUGGAAGAAAUCCUUCGUUCGUUCGAUGUGGCGCGUUCGACGUAGUGUUCGGACGAAGUAUUAUUCCGGCACGAUGACAUCGUUGUUUCACACAUAGGUAUUCAGAGCCUGGUAAUUGCUUGCUGCUCACUCUUUUGUACCAUGUCUGGUUUAAAUUGUAUAGGAAGAUAUACCACCUGCAGACUGCUGAAAAUGAAAACUGGCAUACAACGAAUUGAUUAAUUGGCGUUAUCAACACUUAUAAUAACUCCAUUGCAACUUUAUUGAUGAUAAACUAUUGUAGACUAAAAAUG